AUGUCACGCAAGCGAAUAGCCAUUGUCGGCAGCGGCGUCUCUGGUCUCGGGGCUCUUUGGACGUUGAAGAAUACGGAUCAUGAAGUCCAUCUUUACGAAUCUGAGUCCCGUCUUGGAGGGCACACCAACACGGCAAUCUAUAAAGGCAAAUCUGGGGAUAUACCAGUAGACACUGGUUUCAUUGUCAUGAAUACAGCAACUUAUCCCAAUUUGAUAGCUUUUCUGAAGCAUUUGAAGAUUGAUACUGUGCCUACUGAGAUGACGUUCGGUAUCUCACGCGACCAAGGCGCAUUCGAAUGGGCCGGCACCUCUCUAGAUGCCAUAUUCGCCCAACGUGAGAACAUCCUCAAGCCCUCCAUGUGGCGUAUGAUCUUCGACAUCGUGCGCUUCAACCAGUCCUCCCUAGACCUCCUCACCAACUCGACCGUAUCUCCAGACCUGACCAUUGGUGAAUAUCUCGACCGCGAAGGCUACUCAGCUUCAUUCCGUGACGACUACCUCAUUCCCAUGACAGCCUGUGUCUGGAGCACCGGCCCAGACAAAUGCGCCCUCGAAUUUCCGGCCGUCACACUGAUCCGCUUUCUUUGGAAUCACCACCUACUCAGCACCAUCACCACGCGACCCUCCUGGCUCACCAUCCCGGGCGGCUCAAAGCGCUAUAUCGACACCGUCUUGCGCGACUUCCCGCCUGACCACGUUCAUCUCUCCUCGCCCGUGACCUCCCUUCACAACACCCCAUCCGGCAGCGUCCUCCUCACCCUCGCCUCCGGCGCUCAGCAGGAAUAUGACAACGUCCUCCUAGCAACUCACGGCAACCAAGCCCACGCCAUUGUCCAUUCCAGCGCCACGCCCACGGAAAACACCAUCCUAUCUGCCUUCGCAACAACACCCAACACCGCAUAUCUGCAUUCAGACCUCACCCUGAUGCCCACGCGCCGCAACACAUGGGCCGCCUGGAACUACCUCACCACCACCCCCUCCCCCAAAUCUCUCCCUGACAACCCUGCCCACGCCCCCGCAGGCGCCCUCUCCAAGGUCUCCCUCACCUACAACAUGAACAUCUUGCAACACAUCCCAGCCUCCCACGGCGACAUCCUCGUCACGCUAAACCCGCCACAUCCGCCCGCACCCGCACUCACACAGGCAACAUACGAAUACGCGCAUCCGCUCUACAACCCAGCCAUGGUCGCCGCACAGGAGCGCCUGGCCGAGAUACAGGGUACGCGUGGUGUGUGGUACGCCGGGGCGUGGACGGGAUAUGGCUUCCACGAGGAUGGAUUUACAAGCGGGUUGCGGGCGGGCGUGGCUAUGGGUGGUCGGGUUGCGUGGGAGGGCGGUAGGGUGGUCGACAGCAAGUACUCGCGAGGCCAGAAGCCGGUAAGGACUUGGACGGAUCAUGUGCUCAGGAUCGUGCUGGAGGCGAUCCAGAUUUUGAUUGUAUUGGUCGUUGGUAUGGGGCGGGCGCGGGCGGUUGGGAAGAUGGACAAGGCUGCAUAG